AGAAACACCACCAAAGAGGAGAAAGAAACAAACAAAUGUUCUUUUGUUCAGCAACGAGAUCUUACUUGUUGCUCAGAAUGGAAAAAAAAAUUUGAUUCAAUUAUUUCAGAUAAGUGUGUUGAAAGAAACACAUCUACGAUGCGUAUUUACUUUUUGAUUGGACGUAAAAAUUGCUCUAACGGGGAAAGAAACAAAUAUUUCUUUUCUUUCUUUCUUCUUAUGGUUUUUCUUUUUUUUUUUUUUUUCUUCUUUUGGUUAGCAACGAAAUCUUACUUGUUGCACGAAUUGGAAGAAAAUUGAUUCGUUUAUUUUAAAUAAAUAUAUUGGAAGUAACGUUUCACUAUGCGUAUUUACUUUUUUAGUUAGACGAACGAACUCUUCUUAAUGGGGAAAGAUACGAAUAUUUCUAUUCUUUUCUUUUUUUUUUUUUUUUCUUUAUGUUUACAGAAAAUUCUAACUUGUUGCGUGCAAUGGGGGAAAAAAAAAAAAAAAGAAAAAAAAAGAGAAAAAGAUUCAUUGAUUCUCAUUUUAACAUAAGCGUGUAAAAUAGAAACACGUAAGACAUUUUUACAUAACUCUCGUAGAUGAUCAAUAAUCUUUAUUAUUUUGAUUGUGAUUACAAUUAAAUAUAUAAAAUAUUAACGAAGAAUCAGAUUCUCAUAGUGAUGUAUAUUAAUUAAUCGAGUUGUCGUUAAUCAACCAUAAGAUUUAUCUAGUUCGAAAAGAAGGAAGGAUAAGGAUUGAUAUAAAAUAAGAGGGGAGAAAUUGUUUAAAAGAGAUUGACAUUUAUGAUCGAUAGACAAACGGAUAGGGGGAUGAUUUUUUUUUUUUUUUUCCAAUGAAAACAACUGUGAUAUAUCUAAGAACGAAAAAGAUUAUUUAUGGGUAUGACCGAUGACGAUGAUCGGACUUUUAAUCUGAACGAAGGAUAUAAAGCGUGCUUCUUCAUACAUUAGUACUGCUGUUAUCUCGGAAAUGGAGGAAGAGAGGGUGGAGGAGAUUGAGGAAAAGGAGGAGGAAAAGGAGGAGGAAAAGGAAGAGGAAAAGGAGGAGGAAAAGGAAGAGAAAAAAGAAAACGAUGAAAUCGUCGAAAAGAAGGAUAAGGAUGAGAUAGUCGAUGAUGAUACGUCCGAGUAUCUGAAAGAGUGGCCCUUGGGAAUACAAUGGGAACCCUUUGGAAUUCAGAAAGAAAAGGAUCCUACGGAUAUUAUCGAAAAAUUAGAAAUACCAAAAACAGUCGAGGAGAUGCAAGAAAUGAUUAGAAAUUUUACCAUCCAAGCUACGAUCUAUCGAUCCUAUUUCAAAUAUUGGAUGGAAAUUGGCGAACAGGCGAUCAAAGAGAUCGUAGGUAGAACGAUCAUGUCUACGGCAAAAUUACGUGGUAUCUUGAAGGAUGAAAACCCGGAGGCAAGUUUAAAACGGUGUUUGAACAAUUCGAAGGGUAGAGCUAAACGGAACUCGUGUUUUUCACCUCCUAUAAAACCUUCUCAAAUGAUGGCUCUUACGAAACGAAUCGGCACGGAAGAGUUUUUGAAAGAGAUGGCACGUGCUGAGGAGAACAUACCGUAUUUUUUCUAUCGAAAAAUUGACCCGGACAUUGAGAUAGCAAUCAAGCACGACGACGAGGAGGUUAUCCCAAUGGAUCCUGACAAUGAAGUUAUCUUUGGUAAUUACGAAAGUCUUCGUUUCAACCUUACUGAUAAACCUGGAAAGGAUGGUAAAUUUUCGAUAGAUGACGAUUAGAUUUAUUUCCACGAUCCGAUCAAUUUCCCAAUAAAUCGUAUAUAUUUUAUCUCACAUAUAUUUUAAUAUUAUUAUAACAAAUGAAAAGAUAUAUUUUUACGAAUGUUCAUGUUAUCUAACUAAGAUAAUAAUAAUAAAUGAGAGAACGGUGAAGUAUUUAUGAAGACAUAUAUAUAUAUAUAUAUA